CGCGAUCGCGAUGAUAGAUUUAGUAGAAUGAGACUAGAGAGCCGCUUAUCGUUUCGGCGCAACGGCACCAUCUCAUACUACGGUCGGCGGUAGGAUUACGAUAUAGAAUUAAAAUUAUUAUUUUGCGUUUUCUACAUUAUAGUCGAUAUUUUAUUUAUUAGUAUGUUUCUUGUUUCCACAAAUUAUGUGCAAAACGGCGUGCGCCAAUAACUUAUCAGUCUCUAAACUAUGUGUGGCAAAAAGUCUGCCCUGGUCUUGUAUCCAUUGACCAAACUUACAGGAAUUUUGCGAAAACAUAUCUCGGAACAUGGUUUCCGUGUAUCCAUAUCUAUGGGAUUUGUUAUUAGUACUACAUUAAUUGUGGUAUUAGGAAAUUAUUGGAAAAGAAGAAAGUAUUCUCGAGAAUCAGCACCUGUUAUCAAACAUUAUUCCUAUGACAAAAGAAAAGCUAAUAUUGAUGUACCUUCAGUAUCUAGUUUUAGAAUUUUUAGAACUAGCCAUAGAUCACUAAGUCCUAGCAUCAAAUCUACCAAUCGGCAAGCAUCUGUGAUAUCUUCAACUCAAGAUUCUCCAAGCCAUUGUAAAUCUUCAGAAGUUAAAUAUACUGCACCUCAACAACUUGGUGUAAUGGGAAUGGAAUCAUUAGCUUGUAGUAUAUCAUUUUGGGAAGAUGCAUUGGCAGCAUUUUCUGGCAAUAAUUCAACAAUGGUAUCUAAUAAACUUAUGUCUACUGAAGAUUCUCAAUUUUGUAAGGAACUUCAACUGUUAGUGGACUCUGCUUACUCAUUACAAGAUCAAUGUCAAUUACUUUUCUUAGAUCAAAGGUCAGUAUUAUUUCGUGUUCAACAAAAUGGAAAUGGUGAAACAUUGAAGUUUGAUGAUCGUCGUUCGUCAGUAGAUAGUUUUGUAUCAGCACGCACAGAUGUAGCAAAUUUAAGAGAAUUUGAAGAAUUAAAUUUUGACAACUAUUAUCUAUAUCAAAAUGCUUUAAGAUACUCUGAAAUUGAAGGUAUUGCAUGCAGGAGUUAUCGAACAACAUUAGUGAAUUGUGCUUCAGACCGAGAAUAUGUGUGUAAGUUGCAUUGUAUUCGUCAAGCUUUUGAACAUUUAUUCAAGAAUGAAAAAAACUCAAUGUGGUUUUCUGAUUGUGGGAGACGUAUAUUAACUGAUAUAUUUUUAUUUGCCGAGAAAGAUCCUAAAGAUUUUCUUUUAGCGUAUGAAGAGAUGUUGGGUUGGGCAAAAACUGAUGCUCACUGGACAGAGGCUGAAAAUGAACUGUCAACUAGGGGUGUGAAAAAAAUGACUUUUUAUGAUAUUGUUAUGGAUUAUAUUUUAAUGGAUGCAUUUGAAGAUCUUGAAGCGCCUCCUACAUCAGUGAUUGCUGUAAUACAAAAUCGUUGGUUAUCAAAAGGAUUUAAAGAAACUGCUUUAUCAACUGCAGUAUGGUCAGUGCUUCGUGCUAAACGUAGUAAAUUGAAAUACCCAAAUGGUUUUAUGCAUCAUUUUUACAACAUAUCUGAGCAAAUGUCACCUUUACUUGCAUGGGGCUUCUUAGGUCCUGAUGAAGAACUGAGCAGAAUAUGUUUGUUUUUCAAGGAUCAAGUCAUUGAAUUGAUGCGUGAUAUAUUUAGCUUUGAUAAAUGCCGUUAUACUACCAAAGAAGAACUAUCAGCUGAUAUGUUUGAGCAAUUUAAAGUGCGAGCAGAGAACAUAAAUAAAAUGAUUGAAAUGAAAUGCAGUUUAGAUGUCAAGUCUUAAGUAUUGAUCUCUUGAUUUAAAUUGAGAUGUAUACAUUUGCUAAGUUACCAGCUUUUAUUUUGUGCAUUUGUUCUCUAUUGACACUUGUAAGUUAUUUGUUGUUGUUGUUGUUGUUUUUUUUUUAUUAUUUUGAAUUCAAUAUUUUAUUUAUUUUGUUUUAAAAAUGUACAAACAUUUUUGUUUUUAUUGUAAAUAUGACUUGCCUUUAUAAAUUUAUUGUAUUCAAUAGAAUUAAUAAUUGUGAUUAAUUAUUUUGGUUUAAUGGUUUGGUUUUAAUUUUUAUGUUUUAAGUUUUUGUAAAUUAAUUUGAUAAUAAAAUAACUCUUGCUUAAACAAUGUAUUUUAUUAGAAUAUGAUUUUUUUACAUAACAAAAUUGUGUUCGUUAUUUUGUACAAUAAUUUGUUAAGUUAUUAACAAAAUCAUUUUAGUGUUAAUCUUUAUUUUACAUAAUAUAUUAAAUUUAAUAGAGUAGAAAUUAUUAUAAUAGCUUGGUUAAGGCCAAAUAUAAUGGUUAUAAUUAUUAGUUAUAAUAUUAGACUUACAUUUUGAAAAUUUAUAAAAAUUUAAAAUUGAUUUUUAUUUGAGAAUUAAUUUAUGUAAAACAUAAAACACUUAAAAAUGAUAAAUAUGAAUUAUCAGUGUGAAUGAAGUUAUUAAAAGUCUUAUACUUGUGAUUUAGAUAAUAAGAUUUACUUUUACUUUAUAUUACAGCAAUACAUUUAUUAUUUAAUCUAUAUAGGUAAUUGUUAUAUAGUAUCCUAUUUGUGUUUAAAUUAUCUUGAUAAAAAUUAGAUCCAUUUUGAUUUUGAUUUUAUGUAAUUAUUAAUAUUAAUCCAUAAUAUAUAAUUGUUAUCUCAUAGAACCAACUUAUUUAUAAUUAAUUAAAAUAUUUAACUAUUUUUUAUGGGUUUGUGUUGGAUGACAAAAAUAUUCAACUGAAUAAUUUAAAACACAUUAGUUAAGUUGUUAAAUUUAAUUUACGACUUGAGUAUUUUUGAGUAGGUACUACUAAUUUUUAAUUAUAAGAAAUCUUUAUAGUAUGAUACAUAUUAUGAGGAUUGGUUUUUAGUUUAAUAUAAUACAAUAUUGUUAUUAGUAGUAGUAGUUGUUGUUGUUUUUUUUUUUUUUUUUUGAUUAUUGUAUUUUUAUGUAUGAACAAUUUUUUUGAUACUGUUGAAAAUAUAAAAUAAUACAGUGUUAUAAAUAGCUAGUAAUUGCCUUAUCGAUUCAUAUUGUAAGAGAAUAUAAGAAUGUAAUUUUUUAUGAUUUUACUCCUAUUAUCAUUAAAUAAGUUACAAUAUUAAUAUGUUCAAAUUUAAGUAUUUAUAAUUAUGUAUCAAAACAAUUAUUUAAAUUGAAAACGUACAAUUUUUAUUUUAAAGAACAUAAAUAAAUAUGCUCUAUAGUCUAUUACUACAUUUUAAUGUUAUUGUUACUUUAAUGAUACAAUAUAAUAUUUUCAUCCCUUUUUUGGCAUGAUUUUAUUUAUUUUUUAACCAUAUAUAUGUAUAGAGGUAUUAUAUUUAAUUGUAUAUAUAAUGCUAUAUUAUAAAUUACAAUUCUACUGUUAACUCCUGUUAAUCCUCAGAUUAGGAUGAUGUAACUAACGUCCACCAGAGAUAACCAAAUUUCACUGUUUAACUUGAAAAAAAAAACAAAUAUUUAAAUGAAAAUACUAUAAUGUAAUAUUAUUAAUAAAAACAUUUUUAUGUUA